ACACAAAUGAAGAUGUAUAGAAAUAAGGCAAAGAAUGUUAUUUUAUGUUUUAUCAUAUCCACAUGGAUUGGAGGAGAGUGUUAUACCUUGUCGCAUUACGGAGUUGAAUUUACAAACGAGUUUUUCUUCAGAAUCAAUGUUCCGAUGGCAAAAGAAGUGAAAGCCUUAUUGAAAGAACACUACUUCGAAUUCCAGGCGCAGGUAGUUGACGAUCUGUUCAUCUUUACAUAUGAAAACGAUACUAAAAAGGUCUUUCAAGAAACGGAAUUAAAAUCUCUGAAAAGGUCCUUUCAUGGAAUGAUUCAAGACAUUCAACAAUGCAGAAUUAUGCAGAAAGCAGAACUUGAAGGAAUCGAUUAUGAACACGCGAGCGAAAAUAAUAGAAAUAUAGAGACUAAUGGAGGCCUAACAGACCAAGAUCAACGUUUUGAGGAAGAGCCGUUCUGGGAUGAAGGGGAAGGAAUUGAUGAAGCGUGGAAAUUGGGAAUAACCGGAGAAGGCGUUACUGUGGCUAUUCUUGAUAUUGGUUUUACCGUUGAUCACCCCGAAUUAGAAACGAAUAUUAACAAACAUCUGACCUUCAACUCCGUUACAAAUAACGCGGACGUGUCAGCACUUCUUUUCCAUAAUUACAUUGGAGAAACAAUUCAUAACACAAAUCACGGAAACGACUGUGCCAGUGUCGUCGCAGCGGUAAAAGGAAACAAGAUGUGUAGUGCAGGCGUGGCGUACAAUUCCAAAAUAGCUGCGCUAUCAAUCGGUACGUUCUCAAAAGGAAUGCCAUUGAAGACAAUAAUAACAACCGCUGGCAUGUGCAAAGGUCUUGCUUAUGAGCAGAGUAAAAUAGACAUCUAUUCGUUAAGCUUGGCAUCUAGUUCACCAUUUGAUGACAUGGAUAUUGGACCUGAAAGAGCAAUUAGAAUUGGAGUUUUGAAUGGUCGGGAGGGAAAAGGCAAUGUGUACGUUUCUGCAGUAGGUCCUAUAGGAAAUGGGUUUACAAACAGCAUCUUCAUUAUCACAGUCAACCAGAUCGGCAUUAGUGGAACAAUUUUCGAGAAGAGCUACGCUAAUCCAGGGAUUCUAAUAUCUUCCUUCGGAAAGGGCAAAACACGGACCGAUGAUUUCAUGUUCACUGCAUCCCAGAGGUACGGUUCGGGAAUACCAUGCAACGCAAAUUUCCAAGGGUCAUCGGCGGCAACACCCAAGGUUGCUGGAAUAGUUGCUCUUAUUCUUCAAUAUCGUCCUGACUUGACAUCGAGACAAAUCCAGCACCUUAUCGUUCGAUGUUCUAACCACUCUGACCUCAAGGAGUCUAUCAACUUUAUGCGAAAUGGUGCCGGAUUUUACUAUCAUCAGCAUUUUGGAUUUGGAUAUCUGAACGUAACUAAGUGUAUAGAGUUAUCAAACACCGUGACAGACAUUAAAGAGCAGAUACCAGAAGAAGCUACAUUUCUGUGCGAGUUAAAAGGUCCGAGAAAUUCAUCACUCGCAAUUUUGAUAGCCACAGUGGACACAUUGAACGAACAAUUGGAGCGUGUAAAAACUACAAUACAUAAAUCAUUGCUAGAAUACAUUUCAAAAGCAGUAUUAUUUUCACCGAUGGGCACUUCUUCCGUUCUUAUCGAUGGUUCAGAGUGGACAAAAGAUGUACAUAUGCCAAUGAAGAGCAAUGCAAUUGUUUCGACACAUUUUUGGGGUGAACGUUCAGCUGGAAGAUGGACACUAAAUUUAAACGGAAGGUUUGACAAUGUUAAAGAUUACUCAGUGAACCUGACGUUCACAUUUGUGGCGCCAAAGGAAGACGAAAAAGAUGAAAACACUCGAAAUUCCGGUGUUUGGUUCGAUCUUAUGGUAUUUACAACUGCAGUUUUACUUCUUGUUCAUGCCGUGUUUUGGUGUUUGUACUUUUUCGCAAAUAGAAAUUAAAUCAAGACAAUCAAUGCAAACAGGCAAAUACUUACAGUUUAUUGCGAAAACAAAACUACAUGAAAUACAAACAUAUCAAUUGUUAUAUAGAUUUUUUAAAUAUAAUUGAUGUAUCAUUGGAAGUAUGUUUGUUAGAUUCUAGCAAAUUUACUAUCUUUCAUAUUGCCAUCAUUUUGUUUAUGAGAGGAAAAAAUACCUACUUGUUGUAAAUAGUCGUACAAUUUAUGCUUUAUCUUUCAAAACAAUGGUGUGUGAGAAUGAUGCUUUGAAGGUGAAUAGUCUAAUAGUACUAUGAGGAUAAUACCAUAAGCCCACUGUAUUUGCAAUCUUUUUAGAACUAUUAUUGUGUAAACAUAUCAUCUAUGGAUAGUUCGUUGUAUACAUUACAUUCCUCACAAUACAUCCUGAUUAUUAUGAUCAUUUAUAUAUUUUACAGGUUUAUAUUCACCACUUUGUGUAAUUCAUGUUACCUAUGAACACAUUUACUUUGUGAAGAAAAAAAUAAUACUUUUGGAAAUAUCUAGUAUAUAUAAAACUACACUUUGUUGAAAUUCAUGAUCAUCAUCAUCAUCAUCAUCAUCAGCAGCAGCAGCAGCAUCACCACCACCACUACCAAAAGCAUCAUCAUCAUCAUCAUCAUCAUCAUCAUCAUCAUCACCACCACCACCACCAUCAUCAUCAUCAUCAGCAGCAUCAUGAUUUGAUGGGAAUUGAGAAUAAAUAAUAGCAUUUUGUUUCGAGACGUCCCCGUAUGUUGUUUAUAGUACGUUGUUCGCGUUUAGAGUUCAUAGUACAACGAAAUUGCUUGUAUCAAUAAAAAAAAUC